UGAAUUCGGUGCCACGGCACCAAACUUCGCAGAAUUCGGCGCCGAAACGCCCCUCUACGCCGUUUUCAAGCCCUAAUUCCCCGACUCCUCCCCUCUCAAAUCGAUGCCACCGCUCUCUCCGCCGAGCCCCUGUCAAUGGAUUUGUCGGGGCCACGAUGGAAGGGCCGAGGCUUUGCUGAAAUCGCCAAUUCAAACCCCAUGUCGAGAGUAGUUCUCCAGCUUCAAACCGCUCUAUCGCAAUCGGGAACUGCUGCUUUUCUCGCGGGCAAUAAUGCUCUACUUCGCGCCGAACCGGAAAUAGCCAACCUUCUUAGUCGCGCCGCCUUUGGUCGGGAGGUGAUCAACUCUGGCACGGAUAACCAAAUUUUCCAACUGGGUCCGGAGGAAGCCUUCUAUCUCUCGCAUUCUCUAAAAUGUCUUAAGAUUACAAGAGAUUCGGAUGAUACACCCCCGAGCGAAAACGAGCUUUGGGCUUAUUUGAAAAGCAAAAACGAAGCUUUUCCUGAAUCAUACAUGGCUUACAAGCAUCUGCGGUCGAAGAAUUGGGUCGUGAAGCCGGGGAUCCAGUACGGGGUGGACUUUGUGGCGUAUCGGCACCACCCGGCUCUUGUCCAUUCAGAGUAUGCGGUGAUUGUUGUUCGAGAAGGUGACAGAAACAGUAGAUUGAGCAGCAUGACCGAUUUGUAUUGCACGCUUAGGGCUUGCGGAAGUGUGGCAAAGACCUUGCUGAAACUCAGCAUCAGAUGCUGUGGUGUCAACGGGAGUAUGAGGGAUUCGCCGGAUUGUUUGGAGGAUUUUGAUGUGGAUGAGCGGACGAUCACAAGGUUUAUACCAGCGCAGUCUCGCGAGGAUCGUGAUUUAGAUGAAGUCGCGAUGGAAUUCGGUGAAAAGGUUUGAUAUUGCAGUGCAGUCUCGCGAGGAUCGUGAUUUAGAUGAAGUAGAUGGAAUUUGGUGAAAAGGUUUGAUGUUGCAGGGACUCGCGGGAGCCGCAAGAUCGGGACACAAAAACAACAAAAACAAUUGCUAGUUUGAUACUUGCGCAAAUUUGUUGAUUUUUGAGUAGGAAUUUUUAGAUUUA